AAACCCACGACAUAACAGAAGCUACCAAAGAUUUUCGUCUUGCUUCCCAAGUUUCGAGUUUGCGCCCAAAUCAGCCGUGAGCCGCCCACCACCAGCUUAGCGACCAGGCACCGGCUAGCCACUGUCUAUUUUUCUUUUUAUCCAACAGAAACAAAUAAACCCAAUAAAAGACAAAAAUUAUCGAGGCAUCUCAUAUUCACAGCAACUGAACAAAGCCCCAAUUUUAGAUUAAAAUCCACGUUCUGUAGCCUUACCAUCUGCCUAGAAUACAAAUACUCCAUCAAUGUUCCUUUGUAUGGAUUCUUGCUGUCAUCUGUAUGAUCUCCUGCCUCCAGCUCCUUUUCACCUCUAAACCCCGUACUAAACCACCCCAUUUGUUUUUUUAUAAUUUUUUUUUUCAAUUUUCAUUUGUAUCUGCUUUAGUACCUUCAGAGACAUUGAUUAUCAAUUGUCCAAGAAGAAGAUAGAGAAUCCCAUUAAUUAUUUUCACAAAUCAAGAUGAUAUUUUCCAAACUCAGCCGUUCAUUAUCUCGCUCCUCUGCUUCUAGGAAUGUGAUAAAUGGUCGGUUUAGAGGAAGGUCAGCGAUUUGGGAUAAUGGGAAUUUUGGAGGAUUUGAUGUAAAAAAGCUUAAUAAUAGUGAGUUUGGUGGAAAGUUAGGGCUUUUGAGGGAAUAUUUAGCUUCUGUUGGGGGAAAAAGCGGACAAUUUCCUAAAGCUUCAUAUUUUUUGGAUUUCAAUUAUGUUAUUGCCAACCCUAGAUUACGUAGAUUUUUCUCCAGUGAAGCUCCCAAGAAAAAGAAGUAUGAGAAUUUUUAUCCAAAAGACAAGAAAGAAACUCCCAAAGAAAAUGGGCAGAAAUCAGAGUCUAAAGAGGGUGGAAAUGCAGAUGGUAACAACAAUUUUCAGGAUACUAUUAUGAAGCUGGCACAAAACUUAAUUACACCAUUAUUAGUGGUUGCAAUAAUACUGUCAUCAUUGUCAAUCAGCCCUCGCGAACAGAAACAAAUUAGCUUUCAGGAGUUCAAAAAUAAGCUUCUUGAACCAGGUUUGGUGGAUCACAUUGUGGUUUCAAAUAAAUCAGUUGCAAGAGUAUAUGUGAGAAGCAAACCACGGAAUCUGAGUCAUGAAGAUGCUGAAGAAGGUGCACCGUUUGGAAGCAGCAACCCUUCUGGAGAGAACACCAGUCGCUAUAAGUAUUAUUUCAAUAUUGGAAGUGUUGAAUCUUUUGAGGAGAAGCUGGAGGAAGCCCAGGAAGCACUGGGAAUAGAUCCUCAUGACUAUGUACCAGUUACAUAUGCAUCUGAAAUGGUUUGGUACCAGGAAUUAAUGAGGUUUGCACCAACACUGUUGCUUCUGGGUUCCCUGAUGUACAUGGGGAGGAGAAUGCAAGGUGGUCUAGGUGUGGGAGGUUCUGGUGGAAAAGGUGCACGUGGAAUAUUCAAUAUAGGGAAAGCUCAAAUUACGAAAGUUGAUAAGAAUGCUAAAAACAAGGUUUAUUUCAAAGAUGUUGCUGGCUGUGAUGAAGCAAAGCAGGAGAUAAUGGAGUUUGUGCACUUCCUUAAAAACCCAAAGAAAUAUGAGCAGCUGGGGGCAAAAAUUCCUAAAGGUGCUCUGUUGGUUGGUCCUCCAGGCACUGGUAAAACUCUUUUGGCAAAAGCAACUGCAGGUGAAUCUGGAGUGCCAUUUUUAUCCAUGUCUGGCUCAGAUUUCAUGGAAAUGUUUGUUGGUGUUGGGCCUUCAAGGGUUAGAAAUUUAUUCCAAGAGGCAAGGCAGUGUGCACCUAGUAUAAUUUUUAUUGAUGAAAUUGAUGCCAUUGGUCGGGCAAGGGGACGUGGCGGUUUUUCUGGAGGUAAUGAUGAGCGUGAAAGUACUCUUAACCAGUUGCUUGUUGAAAUGGAUGGAUUUGGAACCACAUCUGGGGGUGUUCUUGCUGGUACCAAUAGACCUGAUAUUCUAGACAAAGCCUUGUUAAGGCCUGGUCGAUUUGAUCGACAAAUUAGCAUAGAUAACCCUGACAUCAAAGGUCGUGAACAGAUAUUUCAAAUCUACUUGAAAAAGAUCAAACUUGAUCAGGAGCCAUCCUAUUAUUCACAGAGACUUGCUGCCCUUACUCCUGGAUUUGCUGGUGCGGAUAUUGCAAAUGUUUGUAAUGAAGCUGCUUUGAUUGCUGCAAACGAGGAAACACAGGUGAAAAUGGAACAUUUUGAUGCAGCCAUAGAUAGAAUAAUUGGUGGUCUGGAGAAGAAAAACAAGGUCAUCAGCAAACUUGAACGCCGUACUGUAGCUUACCAUGAAUCUGGUCAUGCUGUUGUUGGCUGGUUUCUAGAACAUGCAGAACCCUUGUUGAAGGUAACAAUUGUUCCUCGUGGUACUGCAGCACUUGGCUUUGCUCAGUAUGUCCCCAAUGAGAACCUUCUUAUGACAAAGGAACAACUUUUUGACAUGACAUGCAUGACUCUUGGUGGUCGUGCUGCAGAACAGGUUCUGUUGGGUAAAAUAUCAACCGGAGCCCAGAAUGACCUGGAAAAAGUGACAAAAAUGACAUAUGCCCAAGUUGCUGUCUAUGGUUUUAGCGAGAAGGUGGGUCUUCUUUCUUUUCCUCAGAGGGAUGAAUUUGAGAUGACCAGACCUUAUGGUAGCAAGACCGCAGCAAUUAUAGAUGCUGAAGUACGUGAAUGGGUUGGCAAGGCUUAUAACCGAACUGUUGAACUGAUUGAGGAACACAAGGAGCGUGUAGCUAAAAUUGCUGAACUGUUGCUGGAGAAAGAGGUUCUUCAUCAGGAUGACUUGGUCCAAGUACUUGGUAAACGACCUUUUGAAUCAGCUGAGGUAACAAAUUAUGACAGAUACAAGCAAGGGUUUGAAGAGGAAGUUCAGAAGACUAAGCAGGCUAUUGAUGAUAGAACUACAAAUGAUGAUGGGCCAUCACCUCUUGAACCAGAGGUUGUUCCUGCUUAAGAUCCAGGACACAAGCUAGUUUCUGUACAGAAUGUCAUGACUUCCUUUUCUGGGUUAGGCUGUUCUUGAUGCUGGCAUUUGAUGGCCAGAUGCUCUCUGACCUCUUUUCUUCUCCAAGCAACGACAUCGAUAAAAAGGUUUCACAUUUAGGUACUGCUGGUUGCUCACAUUGCGCUGCCCACCCUCGCCAAGUAACACAAUUGCGGUGGUGUCUCGAGGAUGGCAUUGGAGGCAGUGGGACCAUCAAGAUUCCAAUCUUCUACUAGCGCAUCUGGGUAUUGUUAUAUCAUAGUUGUUGAAGUUUGGUUUAAAAGAAAAUACUGGAAAAGAUGAAAGAAACAAUUUGAUGUACAUGGACUUGAGCAAUUCUGAUUUACGUUCACUCUGCAACUUGAGCAUGUUCUUGAGAAGUUGGUCAUUUUGGUUA